AAUUUAGUGAACACUCCCGAAGCUGAAGAGAACGUUUCGGCGCCGAAAAAUGCAUUGGGUUUGGCUGCUAUGGUGAAAGCGUUCGGUGAAGAGCGAUUGAGUGCCGCAUCGGCUACAAUUGCGGGAAAGUUGUCGCGAGUCGCGGAAGUGCCCGAUGUAGUUGUUGAAGAACUCGCGGCUGUGGAUUGUUCACAUUGCGCGGAGCGCCUGCCUUCGAUUUUGGCUCUCUCGAGUCACUACGAGGCCGCACACUCCUCCAUCAUCCCUGACUCGGUCGUCGAAGCUUUCGCCGAACGGUUAGCCGAGGCCAUUCCCGAGCCUGCACCACCUACGACGAAUGGCCAUCACAACACAUCCCCUGCUGCCAGCCAACCCGCCAGGGACGACGGGGAACCCCCCGAGAAACGACCACGGUCUGCUGCUAGCGUUGCUGAUGCCCCAAAGCCUGAUCUCGCCCAAAUGGCUAUGCUCACAAUGAUGGGUGGCUUCCCAUUUUUACCACCAAAUCCAUUGGGCGGAUUUGUGCCUGCGAUGGGAGAAUUUUUUAACCCACUAGUAGCUCAGCAGAUGCAACAGCUCUCAUCAUCUCCAGCUAAGCGAGCGCGAACGCGGAUUACUGAUGAUCAGCUAAAAAUACUGAGGCAAUACUUUGACAUCAACAACAGCCCAUCCGAAGCACAAAUUAAGGAGAUGUCUAUCAAAGCAGGACUUCCUGAGAAAGUGAUCAAGCACUGGUUUAGGAACACCCUUUUCAAGGUAUAUAUCUAA